CAGAUGUAAAACGCAAGAGAAAAAGGUCACUCAUACAGAAAUCAGUGUCUGAAAAUGAAGCAUUUGACAGAAAAUCUUGGCCCGCAGCUUACUGGCAGAGCCCCAGGGGGGGCGAAAACGAUUCCUACUUUCGCAAGCAUUGCCAUAUUGAAGACCUCAGUGAAGAUGAUGGUUUCGUGGGAGACAGAAUUAAUUUACUUUCACGAAGAAAAGCUGAAGACAAUCUCAGUCAGAUGCCAUCAUGUGAACAGUGGAUGUUGUCUUAUAGCCAAAGUUCCAAUGGAUCAAUUGAAGCGGAGAUGGAUGACAAUAGAUCAGAAGGAAUGGGGACGUUAAAAAGAUUGCAGAAGCUGGUUAGAACAAAAAAAGCUGUGAAUUAUGAUGUCAAACAAACGCUAUUAUCAGCAUCUCCUGCCCAAGAAGUUGAAGAAGAGGAAGAACAGACUGUAACAACGUGUAUGAAGUUAACAAAAUCUCAAGAAAAGAAAUCUGGAAAAGACAAUCUCAGAAAAAAACAAGACGCUGAAACCUACACAGAGGUGGCCUCGACCUCAGAGAGACCUUCGGUUAAGUGGAACAUUCCAGGAAACCCAGCUAUAAUUCCAGAAAAGAACCUACAGCUGUUUAGCGACUGGAAAGCUUUUCCCGAAAAUGUUGACCCCUUUAUUUAUUCACUGAUGCAAACUGAAGAGUGGGAGAAAUGUACCUGCUGCAAUCAUCAUCCACAGCUGUCCUAUUCUCUUACAGAUAUGGAUCUCCCAUACUCAUGGCGCACUAGUAGUUUUGGAAACUUUGACCGUUUCAAGAAGUCAUCCGUUUCCAAGCCUGAAGAUGUGCAUGAGAAUUGUGAAACCGAGAGCACGUGUGAAGGAGGAACUGUAGAUGGUGAUAAGACGAUGAAUAAUGCCGGAAGCCUGAGCAAAAAGAUGAAAGCUAUAUCGCUGACUAUGAGGAAAAAAAUGGGGAAAAAAUAUGUCAAGGCACUUUCAGAGGACAUGAGUGAUGAUGUGGAUGGGUAUUACGCUUACAAAGACACCGACCCGGGAGGAGGACUCCCUACGGAAAAAGUCCCUCUAAAAGCCAGUGAAUCCGUGGAAAGCCUCUACAGUCUUAACAGCGGACAAAGUUCAUCUAGCGGUAUAACCAGCUGUUCUGAUGGAACAAGUAACCGGGAUAGUUUCAGACUUGAUGACGAUAUCCCUUACACUGGCCCUUACUGUGGCCGUGCCAGAGUCCAUACUGACUUUACUCCUAGCCCUUAUGACAUGGAGUCACUGAAAAUUAAGAAAGGGGACAUUAUAGACAUAAUCUUCAAAACGCCCAUGGGUAUUUGGACCGGCAUGUUAAACAAUAAAGUGGGCAAUUUUAAAUUUAUUUAUGUUGACAUAAUAUCAGAAGAGGAGACGCCACCCAAAAAGACAAUCACCAGGAGAAGAAGUAAAAGGCCAAGACCAAAAACUUUGCAAGAACUUAUGGAGCGACUGAAUCUACAGGAUUACGUAUCCAGUUUCCUGCUGAAUGGAUAUGAAACACUAGAAGACUUAAGAGAUCUAAAGGAGAGUCAUCUUUCUGAACUCAACAUCACAAACCCAGAGGAAAGAGCAAGACUACUGGUUGCCAUAGAAAACCUGCAAGAUUGCGAUAAUGAUGAAGAGCUUGAAAAGAAAUCUUCACUGAUGACAUUGACUCCUAAUAUUUGUGCAAGUAAAUGUGAAUUGAAUGACUGUCCGAGAGACUCGGGAUGUUACAUUUCUAUAGACAAUCCAGAAAGUAACAAAGAUGAUACAGAGUCUAAAAUACUGUGCGAAGGCGUGCAGAAAAUCACCAUUACAGAAUCCGCGUAACUGAAGCUGAUACUGGCCCUCUGUGCCACUGGACGGACUCGAUACAGAGAAACGGAUGGAUGGACAGAUUGUACCUGAUAGCUACAUUCAAUACGAUAUUAAUGUGCUUUGGGCAGGUGUGAGCUGGCUAUCCCCCCAAAGCUACUUUGAUAUUUUUAAUAUAAUGGUGUUCUAGCACUAGAAGGUUUACUGCUGUAGGUUUUUUUAUCUAGAUAUCUACUUAAUGAGUAAGUUAAAGACAAACAACUAGAUCUUUAAGGAAUAUAUAUAUAUAUAUAUAUAUAUAUAUAUAUACAUCUACCAAGUAAAUUUUACUUUACAUUUGUAUCUAUACAACCCCAUUUGGUGACAGCUAUGG